GUGGCACUUGGCGCCUUGAUUCAUUCAUCUGGCAGCAGACAAUGUCAGCAAUGAGAGGCCCGAGUGUGGCGGCCAUCCUGGCCGUCCUCCUGGCGGCAGCGGCGCUGGCCACGGCCCAGCAGUGCGGCUCGCAGGCCGGCGGCGCGACAUGCGGCAACUGCCUCUGCUGCAGCCGCUUCGGGUACUGUGGCAGCACCUCUGACUACUGCGGCGCCGGCUGCCAGAGCCAGUGCAGCGGCUGCGGCCCGAGCCCUGGCCCCGGCGGCCAGGGAGUUGCGUCCAUCAUAUCCAGGGACCUUUUCGAACGGUUCCUCCUCCACCGCAACGACGGGGCAUGCCUCGCCCGUGGGUUCUUCACGUACGAUGCCUUUGUGGCCGCCGCUGGCGCGUUCCCGGCCUUCGGCACCACAGGGAGCACAGAGACGCGGAAGCGGGAGGUGGCGGCCUUCUUUGGCCAGACCUCCCACGAGACCACCGGCGGGUGGGCCACAGCCCCCGACGGCCCCUACUCCUGGGGCUACUGCUUCAAGCAGGAGCAGGGCUCGCCAGGGAGCUACUGCGAACCUUCUGGGGACUGGCCGUGCGCUCCCGGCAAGAAGUACUACGGCCGCGGCCCCAUCCAGCUCUCCUACAACUACAACUACGGGCCGGCGGGGCGCGCGAUCGGGGUGGACCUGCUGAACAACCCAGACCUGGUGGCGACGGACCCGACGGUGUCGUUCAAGACGGCGCUUUGGUUCUGGAUGACGACACAGUCAAACAAGCCAUCCUGCCAUGACGUGAUCACGGGGCGGUGGACGCCGACGGCCAGGGACAGUGCGGCCGGUCGGGUGCCCGGCUACGGCGUGAUCACCAACGUCAUCAACGGCGGGCUGGAGUGCGGCAUCGGGCAGGACCCCCGGGUGGUCGACCGCAUCGGUUUCUACAAGCGCUACUGCGACAUCCUCGGCGUCGGCUACGGGAACAACCUCGACUGCAACAACCAGAAGUCGUUCAACGUCGGGCUCUCGGCCUCGGCUGGGCUCGCGGCGGAGUGAGACCGCGUGACUGCGAUUCCUCGAUCUAUGCAUGUGUGGAUGUGAUCGCCGAUAAAUAAAUGAAUAACCAGCUCGAGGAAGGAGUGAUGUAUGGUUUUGUGCAUGUGUGUGUAUGUUUGAGCAUUCCUCAUCGCCACCUUUAUUAAGAAAAUAUUCUCGUUUA